AUGGCAGCUUCAUCUUCUGCUGGAAAUGGUAAUGGCUAUCCAAAACGCACUCGUCGCAGCGAGCCUACUAUUAUCCAAGUAAAAGAAGAAGUGAUUGAAAUGGCGAGUAAUAAUGGUCCAUUUCAAUCACCUUACGAGCAAUUAAUUCAACACGAAGCUGUUCCACCACCUGCUGUUGUUCCACCGAAAAAACCUAAAGAACAAAAAUGCCGUUGGGAUCGUUGCACACAUACAGGCGAUAUUAAUGGAUCUUUGUUUGAACAUCUUCUUGAACAUGUUAAUGCUCAAAAGAGUAGCAAAAAAGAACAAAUGUGUCUAUGGGUUGGAUGUCGAGUAUAUAAAGUGGCGUCCAGAAGUGUAAAUUAUUUAGAAAAACAUAUUCAUAAACAUACGAAUGAAAAACCAUUUCGCUGUGUGUUUGACACUUGUGCAGAACAAUUUACAACGCAAUUUGCACUUGAACGACAUGUCCAAACACAUUUACGCCAACAAGAUGCUUCAAUGCUCUUUGAUACUAGUGGCGAAACAUCCAUGAUUGGAACAGCAGAUUUCGAUGUUUUAAAUGGCGAUGAAAGUCAUCGAUCUUUUUUACGUGGUGGAAUUGUGAAUGGUACAUAUCAAAAUAUGCUUCUUCAGCAAGUUCAGCAUCAAUCAAACGAGAAAAAAGUCAAUCGAAAACGUCGAGCAAAAAUCAAUGGAGUACCUGUUGCUUAUGCUGCAAAUCGAGAUUGUUUUACAGAGAGCGAAAUUUUUCAUUUGACACGUCUCUUCGACAUGUGUCCCUAUUUUUCCACCGAUAAAUCUGGUACAGUCGUUGUUUUACAACCAAAAAUUACUAUGAAACGACUUAUUGGUGAUCGAACUGAACAAUACGUUGAAUGGACACCUGAAGAUAUUUAUCCAGGAGAAUGGAUCAACGGUUCAGACGCGAAAUUAAAAGCCAAGCAUGUACCUAUUAGUGAAUUGACUGCUUUUCAACUCAAUCGUCUUUUACCGCCCAUAUAUGCUUACCGUCCACGCAUUCGGGGACAACGGAAACGUUCCGUAAUCUCAACACUGCAAAGCAAAUAA